AUGGCUUGCACGGAGGAGGAGGAUAGGACACAUAAGAAGGAGAGGUAUAAAGAAGAAAAACGGGCGACAAAGAAAGCAAUAGCGGAGUUGGAAAAAGCAAGAUCUAGGCAAAAGAAGGACUUAGGAACAGUGAAGUUCAUUAAGGAUGAAGGUAGACGAGUACUCUUUAGACAAGAGGAUAUCAAGAUGAGAUGGCAUCAAUAUUUUUCCCAACUACUCAGUGAGACUAGGCGUCUAAAGAAGGAAAUUCGACAAACCUCAGACUUCCAAAGAACACAAGAUCAUGGGUCGAUUAUAGAUAUUACCACGGCGGAAGUAGGAGAAGCUCUCAAAAAAUGGGAAGGAUCAAAGGCAGUUGGUCUUGAUAACAUUCCGUUUGAGGUGUGGAGGGGUUUAGGAGAGGAGGGAAUUCAUUAG